AUGGAUGAAAAUCAAAUUUCAGAAGAGGAGGCGAUGAAUUCUAUUCUAAUUGAAAACAAUGAACAGGAAACGGAGAUCUGUUUACCAGAGAAAUCCGCUCAAUGUCAAGCAAUGAUUUACGAUGAGGAGUUAGGAUGGAGAUUUCAAAAGCCAUUAGAGGCUGCUUUUUCAUACGGUGUCAUUAAGGAUAUUGAGCUGGAGAUGACCGAAAAAGAAAUGCUGGAGGUAAUUUCAAGUGAUUGCGAGCUAAUAGGUGUAAAACGCUUAAAGCGCAGAAAAACGGAUGGAAAGGGAUGGGAAGAUAGUGAAUCAAUACAGUUGCAAUUUAAGGGCUCAUCAUUGCCAGCAUCAGUAUACAUUUAUGGCAUGAAGAUUAAUGUCGACCCCUAA